AUGUGCUGCCGAAGCUCACCGUGUCACUGCUUCACGGCAAGCUUCUCCGUUACAACGUGGAAUCUCCCAGAUUCGGCGCUUCUUGCGGAUCCCAGGUUCUACGAAACAGGACCGAUCGAUCUUAUAAUCGGAGCUGAAUAUUACAUGGAACUGCUGAAGGAGGAAAGACGGAAAGCUACGGAUGAUGGUCCGACGGUGCAAGACACCGUAUUUGGAUGGAUUAUUUCCGGUCGUGUUCCUGAAGUUCCUGUUAGUGCAUCGUACUCGGUAGUUCACGUGUGUUCAACGGCGGAGAUACAAGAACAGCUUUCAAGGUUCUGGGAAGUGGAAACUUGUCAUUCAGCCACUACAUUUUCGGUCGAAGAGUCGACCUGUGAAGAAAUCUUCGACAGAACAACGUUCAGGAACGAAGAAGGAAGGUACGUAGUUACGUUGCCGAAGAAAGAAGGAGUGAUCCAGCAAUUAGGCGAGUCAAGAUCUACAGCAGUCAAGCGCUUCAUAGGGAUGGAGCGGAGGUUUGCAAUCAAUCCGGAGUUGAAGGUGCAAUACGUGGAGUUUAUGAACGAAUAUCUGGCCAUGGGCCACAUGCGAGAGAUUUCCGAGGAAGAAACGAGCCCGUCGUCGUAUUACUUGCCUCAUCAUUCUGUUAUGAAGCCGGACAGCACAACGACAAAGUUGCGAGUCGUUUUCGAUGCGUCAUGCCGGACAUCCAGCGGCGUUUCCCUGACCGACGCUCUGCUGGUGGGACCCGUCGUUCAGGACACGAUUGUGGACAUUGCGCUCCGUUUCCGGACACACCGAUUCGCCCUCGUAGGGGACGUCGCCAAAAUGUAUCGCAGGAUACUGCUGAAUCCAGAUGAUCAGCAGCUGCAGAGGAUCGUUUGGAGAGAUAGUGCUGCGGAACCGAUCCGAACAUUCGCUCUCGCUACGGUUACGUAUGGUACGGCAGCAGCUCCAUACUUAGCAACGAAGUGUCUUCAGCGUCUGUCAGAUGAAGGCCAAGAUGCGUAUCCCAGAGCUGCCAAAAUCAUCAGGAAGGACUUCUAUGUAGAUGACAUGCUGUCUGGUGUGGACAAUAUCGAAGAAGGAAAGUUGCUCAUAGGCCAGAUCAUAGUACUGCUGCAAUCUGCGGGAUUCUCUUUACGAAAGUGGAAUUCAAACAGCAAAGAAUUGCUGUCAGCGGUGCCGGAGGGAUUGAGAGACGAACGGACGAUCUUGGACUUGGAUUCGUCGUCCGCUGCCGUAAAAACUUUAGGUUUGACCUGGGAGCCUGGCACCGACUGCUUCCCUGUUUCAGAUCCCCAAGCUGGGAUGAGUCUGCAGUAA